AGAUAUGUUUUUUAUAUUAAAUGCGGAAAUCUAUUUGAUGAAAACUCAAUUUUGAGGGCCUCUCUCUGUCUCUCUCUGGUUUCUAUCUUCUCUCUCUUCUCUCUCAAUUCUCUCUCCUCUCUCCUCUCUCCAGAAGGAAAAAAAACCUAAAAGAGCUGUUUACCCACAAAUCUGUAGAUUAUAUGGACGAGGACAGCCUAAGGAAUUGGGGUUAUUAUGAACCUCCCCUUAAAGGGCUCGGUCUCCAGCUCAUGUCGUCUCUGGCAGAGCGAGACACAAAGCCUUUUCUAUCUGGGCGCGACAAUCCUGUAAUGGUUUCAGCGAAUGGUGCCUUCCAUCACCGAGAUUGUGUUGUUACUGAACCACCAGUCACACACAUGGACUACGUUAGGGAUAGCUGGAUAAACCAUAGGGAGAAGUUCUUGCAUAUGUUCCCAGGGAACCCUUACAGCUCCGUUCUUGCUGAGUCUUCCGGAAGCCACCAUCCGAUGCAGAUGGUGCAGCAGCCGCAGCAGCAGCCGCCUCAGCAGCAACCAGAAACAGCCAAAGAGACGAGGCCGAGCAUGGAAGAGCCAGUUGUGAAGAAGGAAAGCGGACCUGCCAAAAAGAGAGCGGCGGCUGCAACCCCCAAAACUCCAAAAGCUAAGAAACCUAGGAAAAACCCUGCACCCAAGGAAAAUGGUAACGGUAAUCCUUCCGUUCAACGUGCAAAAACAGCAAAGAAGAACGUGGAAGUUGUUAUCAACGGAAUUGAUAUGGAUAUUACUGGCAUACCGAUUCCUGUUUGCUCUUGCACCGGCACUCCCCAGCAGUGUUAUAGAUGGGGGUGUGGGGGCUGGCAGUCGGCAUGCUGCACCACAACUAUAUCAAUGUAUCCAUUACCGAUGAGCCAAAAAAGACGUGGAGCCAGAAUUGCUGGCCGGAAGAUGAGUCAAGGCGCAUUUAAGAAGGUUUUGGAAAAACUUGCUGCUGAGGGCUAUAACUUUGCUAACCCCAUUGAUCUGAGGACUUAUUGGGCUAAACAUGGAACCAACAAGUUUGUGAUAAUCAGGUAGAGCGUUACGGCCUCCUCCCCCGCCUCCGCAUCUGGUCCGUUUUUCAUGUAUAUAUUCUGUGGCCUCUUGCAGUUAUUUCCUUGGUACUUUGUAGCCUUGAAUUUUCAUAUUCAUGAUACAUGUUUGAAAUCCUUGACUAUGAUGCUUCCUCACAAACACAUUAAUUAAUUCUCCUUUGUUUACUUGAUAGGCUAGCAACAUUUUUCUGGCCUUCCGAGGAUAGGAUUGGAUUAUUUCGGAUUAUUUCUUUUAUUCUACGGAAUGAAUGAAUGAUUUUCAAAUUUAUAUCUUUA